AUGUCCACCACAGUUGCCGUGGAAGAAAUACCAGUAAAAGUUGCUGUAAGAAUUAGACCUCUGCUUUGCAAAGAAGUUCUUCAUAAUCAUCAAGUUUGUGUGAGAGUUAUUUCAAACAGCCAGCAAAUUAUCACUGGGAGAGAUAGAGUCUUCACUUUUGAUUUUGUUUUUGGCAAAAAUUCCACUCAAGAUGAAGUUUAUAAUACAUGUGUAAAGCCCCUAGUGUUGUCACUCAUUGAGGGCUAUAAUGCAACUGUUUUUGCCUAUGGACAAACUGGAUCUGGGAAGACAUACACCAUUGGAGGAGGCUAUAUUGCUUCAGUUGUGGAGGGCCAAAAGGGUAUCAUUCCUCGAGCUAUUCAAGAAAUAUUUCAAAGCAUCUCUGAACAUCCUAGCAUUGACUUUAAUGUGAAAGUAUCUUACAUAGAAGUGUACAAGGAAGACCUAAGAGAUCUUCUAGAAUUGGAGACAUCCAUGAAGGAUCUUCACAUCCGAGAAGAUGAAAAAGGAAACACAGUGAUUGUUGGGGCCAAGGAAUGCCAUGUGGAGAGUGCAGAUGAAGUGAUGAGUCUUUUGGAGAUGGGGAAUGCAGCCAGACAUACAGGUACCGCUCAAAUGAAUGAGCACUCCAGCAGAUCACAUGCAAUUUUUACAAUCAGCAUUUGUCAAGUUCAUAAAAAUAUGGAGGCAGCUGAAGAUGGAUCAUGGUAUUCCCCUCGGCAUAUUGUCUCAAAGUUCCACUUUGUGGAUUUGACGGGAUCAGAAAGAGUAACCAAAACGGGGAAUACUGGUGAACGGUUCAGAGAAUCCAUUCAAAUCAAUAGUGGCUUGCUGGCUUUAGGAAAUGUAAUAAGCGCUCUUGGGGACCCACGCAGGAAGAGUUCACAUAUUCCAUAUAGGGAUGCUAAAAUUACCCGGCUUCUGAAAGAUUCUCUGGGAGGCAGUGCUAAGACUGUCAUGAUCACAUGUGUCAGCCCCUCCUCCUCGAAUUUUGAUGAGUCCUUAAAUUCUCUCAAAUAUGCCAACAGAGCACAGAACAUUAGAAACAAACCCACUGUAAACUUCAGCCCCGAGUCAGACCAUAUAGAUGAAAUGGAAUUUGAGAUUAAAUUGCUUCGAGAAGCUGUGCAAAGCCAGCAGGCUGGUGUCAGCCAAACUACCCAGAUCCAUCGAGAAGGGAGUCCUGAUACAAAGAGGAUUCAUUCUCUUGAGGAGCAAGUAGCUCAGCUUCAAGGAGAAUGUCUGGGUUACCAAUGUUGUGUAGAAGAAGCCUUUACCUUCCUGGUUGACCUGAAAGAUACUGUCAGACUAAACGAAAAGCAGCAACACAAACUGCAGGAGUGGUUUAACAUGAUCCAAGAGGUCAGGAAGGCCGUCCUCACCUCAUUUCGAGGAAUUGGAGGCACUGCAAGUCUGGAAGAAGGACCACAGCAUGUUACAGUUCUCCAGCUGAAGAGAGAGCUUAAGAAAUGCCAGUGUGUGCUUGCUGCUGAUGAAGUCGUAUUUAAUCAGAAGGAACUGGAGGUGAAGGAACUGAAGAAUCAAGUGCAGAUGAUGGUACAGGAAAACAAAGGGCAUGCUGUAUCUUUGAAAGAAGCACAAAAAGUGAAUAGACGGUAGAAUAAAAAAAUAAUAGAACAACAACUUCUUGUGGAUCAACUGAGUGAAGAACUAACAAAACUUAACCUGUCAGUGACUUCUUCAGCUAAAGAAAAUUGUGGAGAUGGGCCAGAUGCCAGGAUCCCUGAAAGGAGACCAUAUACUGUACCAUUUGAUACUCAUUUGGGGCAUUAUAUUUAUAUCCCAUCAAGACAAGAUUCCAGGAAGGUCCACACAAGUCCGCCUAUGUACUCUCUGGAUCGAAUAUUUGCUGGAUUUCGAACACGAAGUCAGAUGCUGUUGGGUCACAUAGAAGAACAAGAUGAGGUCCUCCACUGCUAAUUUUCUGAUAACAGUGAUGAUGAAGAAUCAGAAGGCCAAGAGAAAUCUGGAAUAAGAUGUAGAAGUUGUUCAUGGAUUCAGAAGCCAGGCUCUGUUUAUUCCCUUGUUAAAUUGAGUGAUACUCAGGAUGAAACACAAAAGUCAGAUUUGGAGAAUGAAGAUUUAAAGAUUGAUUGUCUCCAGGAGAGUAAAGAAUUGAAUUUGCAAAAAUUAAAGAAUUCAGAACGCAUACUUACUGACGCUAAACAAAAAAUGAGAGAACUUACAAUUAACAUCAAGAUGAAGGAAGAUCUGAUUAAAGAAUUAAUCAAAACAGGUAACGAUGCCAAGUCUGUAAGCAAUUAGUAUUCUUUGAAAGUAACAAAGCUAGAGCAUGAUGCAGAACAGGCAAAAGUCGAAGUAACUGAAACACAAAAGCAGCUACAGGAGCUGGAAAACAAAGAUCUUUCUGAUGUUGCAAUGAAGGUAAAAUUACAGAAAGAGUUUCGUAAAAAGAUGGAUGCUGCAAAGCUGAGAGUUCAGCAAAAAGAAUGUUUCCGGCUGCUACAUUUAAGAGAGAGCUGGCCGGGCACGGUGGCUCACGCCUGUAAUCCCAGCACUUUGGGAGGCCGAGGCGGGCAGAUCACAAAGUCAGGAGAUCGCGACCAUCCUGGCUAACACGAAAACAAAGCUGCUCUGAUUGAAGACAGAUGACAGACCUGCCCAGCCUCAAGUUCCCCUUUCUUUCCCUUCCUCAAGAUGUUCCCUAAGAGGGCUCCUCAGAAUCCCCAAGACUUCAUAGAAUGCAGUUUAACACCAGCUCAUUUGAUGGUACCAAAUGGAUAAGCAGAAGAUUGUUUGCUGAAACUGAAAAGUGGAUGACACCACUGUGAAAACCUACCAGCCCAGUACAGAGCCCUUUCUUCUAUGAAUUAGCAGCAAUCAUGAGUAUUAGUCAACCUAGCACUCCUGGAAAGUCACCAGCAUGUAAUUGGAUCAGGUAUCACCAAUGAUUACAGGAAGAUGAAAGGUGAUAGUAGCAAAAUGAAAAAGAAAUUUGACCUGAGGCAUGCAGCCUGAAGCAACUGGAAAGCCAAAUCAUAAUAUGUGUGGAAUUGACCCUUCCAGUUAGCUCUCCAGAAAACUCCCUUAUUGCCAGGAAGGCUUUAAUUUGAUUAGCAAAGGGCUGCAGGAAAAGGGCAUGUGAAACCUUGAGGCUGGCUAGCUAUCCUUAGCUCCAAACCAAAUUAAUUUUGGGAGAUUUAUCAUAAUUACCUUGCUGCAGCACCUAAGCCCAUCCUGAGUAAGCUUCCUGAAACUCAAAAGAAUGCUGUGCCCUGGACCCUGUGUUUCUGCAUGUAACUCUGGGUUCACUUUACUGCUGCCCCCUGUAUCCCUGCCUCCCCAGCUUCCCACUGCCUGUCUACUUCACAUCCUUAUUGCACAGACACAAUCUAGUCUGUCUUUUUUUUUUUUUUUUUUUUUUGAGAUGGAGUCUUGCUCUGUCACCCAGGCUAGAGUGCAGUGGCAUGAUCUUGGCUCACUGCAAUCUCCGCCUCCCAGGUUCAAGUGAUUCUCCUGCCUCAGCCUCCCGAGUAGCUGGGAUUACAGGCGCCCUCAACCACGCCUAGCUAAUUUUUGUAUUUUUAGUAGAGACGAGGUUUCACCAUCUUGGCCAGGCUGGUCUCAAACUCCUGACCUCAUGAUCCACCCACCUCGGCCUCCCAAAGUGCUGGGAUUACAGGCGUGAGCCACCACACCCAGCCUGUAGUCUGUCUUUUGCAUUCCUCCCUAAGCACUCCUCUCCCUGCAUUGGCUUAGCACAUCAUUCCCAACAACUCUCAAAUUCUACCCUCCAUGGUUUAAUUGACCAUUGUGAGAGCAUCCCCCACCAAUUCCCUAUGUGACUGCUGGAUGACCCUCAUAGAGCCUGUCAGCACUGUGGGCAAGACCCUGGAAAUUUGUCAUUUUACAUAUGAAUAAACUAGACGCAGAGAUGUUAAGUAACCUACUCACAGUCACAGAGCUAAAAAGAACAAUAAUAAUACUAAUUGCUAUUAUUUAUUACCAUUUGCUGAAACUGUGCUGAACAAUUUACAUACAUUUUCUUAGAAUGAGAAACCUAAGGUCAGUUCUGGCUUUCGAAUGCCACCCCAAAAUAUGCUGCUUCAGCUUCAGUAUGCUAAUUAAUUAGAACUGAGGGCUUUGAAGGAAGAAUAGGAAGUUACGAAGAGGCAAGAAGGAAAUGGGAGUGGGUAAGUGGAACAGAGGGCUUUGCAGCCAAAAGGAAGAGAAUGAACAAAGGAUCAGAGAGUUGGGACAAAGAGCUUUCUGAAGGACUUUACAGUAAUAAAGAGGUACCAUCUCUAGAUGGAGUUAAUGGGGAGAAACCCAGAUUCAGUAUAUGCCCUUGGGUAAGUCUUGUCACCUCUAAGGACUUUAGGUCUCUCUUUUGUAAAACAAAAGAUCUGAAAAAUAAACAGAAGGGCUGGACUAAACAGUCUCUAAGGUAGUUUUUUGUUUUGAGAUGGAGUCUCACUGUUGUUGCCCAGGCUGGAGUGCAAUGGUGCGAUCUCAGCUCACCACAACCUCCACCUCCCGGGUUCAAGCCAUUCUCCUGCCUCAGCCUCCCGACUAGCUGGGAUUACAGGCAUGCGCCACCACGCCUGGCUAAUUUUGUGUACUUAAUGGAGACAGGGGUUUCUCCAUGUUGGUCAGGCUGGUCUCAAACUCCUGACCUCAGGUGACCCACCCACCUCAGCCUUCCAAAGUGCUGGGAUUACAGAUGUGAGCCACCGUGCCCAGCCUUCUAAGGUAGAAUUUUUUUUUUUUUAAUAAUUAUUAUACUUUAAGUUCUAGGGUACAUGUGUACAAUGUGCAGGUUUGUUACAUAUGUAUACAUGUGCCAUGUUGGUGUGCUGCACCUGUUAACUCGUCAUUUACAUUAGGUAGAUCUCCUAAUGCUAUCCUUCACCCCUCUCCCCACUACACGACAGGCCCUGGUGUGUGAUGUUCCCCACCCUGUGUCCAAGUGUUCUCAUUGUUCAAUUCCCACCUAUGAGUGAGAACAUGUGGUAUUUGGUUUUCUGUCCUUGCGAUAGUUUGCUCUAGCUUCAUCCAUGUCCCUACAAACCACAUAAACUCAUCUUUUUUUAUGGCUGCAUAGUAUUCCAUGGUGUAUAUGUGCCACAUUUUCUUAAUCCAGUCUAUCAUUGAUGGACAUUUGGGUUGGUUCCAAGUCUUUGCUAUUGUAAAUAGUGCUGCUAUAAACAUACAUGUGCAUGUGUCUUUAUAGCAGCAUGAUUUAUAAUCCUUUGGGUAUAUGCUCAGUAAUGGCAUGGCUGGGUCAAAUGAUAUUUCUAGUUCUAGAUCCUUGAGGAAUCACCAUACUGUCUUCCACAAUGGCUGAACUAGUUUACAGUCCCACCAACAGUGUAAAAGCGUUCCUAUUUCUCCACAUCCUCUCCAGCACCUGUUGUUUCCUGACUUUUUAAUGAUUGCCAUUCUAACUGGCAUGAGAUGGUAUCUCACUGUGGUUUUGAUUUGCAUUUCUCUGAUGGCCAGUGAUGAUGAGCAUUUUUCCAUGUGUCUAUUGGCUUCUAAGGUAGUAUUUUUAAGCAGAUGGGCCAAGAAACAUUAAUGUAACAGGAAUGGCUUAUGGGCAAGCUGCCAGUCAUCUGGAUGCCCCUGUCUGGCAUUGGUGUCCGUGCUCAUUCUGAUUGGUAGGUGCCUGUGCAGUAAAAGUUGUUAGUAAUGUAUUUGCUCUGGCUAUAAAUAUGUAGAAGUAUUGAGCCCUCAGCCCUCAGGGCAGCUAGAGGUCCUGAGCCUGCCAUUUCUAACCACAAACCACCCUAUUCAUUUUUCAUGAUAUGAAGACAAAUAUUAACUUUUAUGAGAAACAAUAACAUCUCUUUCAGAGCUAACAUUCUGUUAAUCUGUAAGAGUAUCAUUUGCAUUUUCUAGAGGGAGAGGUUUCAUAACCCUCAGAUAAUAUAUGUGGGAGGCCACAGAAAAAACAAAUAGGGAGCUCUCUUUGGAGAGUCUCAGAAAGGCAGAAAAGAUGCUUAUAGCAAAGGUAGAGAAUUGGCAGGUAGCUGUACAAAGAUUUCGCUUUUGGAGAUGCAUUAAUUAUUUUGCACUCGAAUCACAAUAAUAAUAAAGAGAUAGUUCCUCCUAAAGAUCUGGUAGAAGGUAUAAGGUUUAGUAAAUGGUGAGUGAAUGAACGAAUGACCUAUACUAAGUGUCUUUGUGCACCUAGAAUUAUGCCUGUAACCACACAGUUCCCUUGAUAUGUCUUCAGCUGGCCAUUUAUGUACAUCUGUUGCCUCCACUAGACUCUGAGGGCCGCUUGAUCAAGGACACACAGUCUAUAGUACUUCGUUUUAGCAACCCAAAGUGACUAAAACAUGCCCCAUGAGGGCAGAGACCUUAUUGUCUCAAUUACCACCGUAUAACCAUUAUGUUGAAAUAGUCACAUAGUACCUUGCACACAGUAAGUGCUCAAUUAAUAUUUGUUGACUUAAAUAAUUGAGUUCCAUCUUUAAGUAGAAUAGUGUAAAAUACACUAAGAAAGACAAUAUUAAUGUUGAAAAUAGAAUGUAAAUAAGGUGAGCUGUAUUUUUUGAGGUCCAGGCAAUAAAUAAAAUUAGGCUCAAAUAUUUCUUUUUUUAAAUUUUUUUCCUUUUUUCUUUUUUUUUUUUUUUGGUCAGACAAGGUCUCGCUUUGUUGCCCAGGCUGGAGUCUAGUGGCACAAUCUCAACUAACUGCAACUUCCACCUCCCGGGUGCAAGCGAUUCUCUUGCCUCAGCCUCCCGAGUAGCUAGGAUCACAGACGCACGCCGCCACGCCCGGCUAAUUUUUUUUAUUUUCAGUAAAGGCAGGGUUUCAUCAUGUUGGCCAGGCUGGUCUCGAACUCCUGACCUCAGGUGAUCCACCUGCCUCGGCCUCCAAGGUGCUGGGAUUACAGGCAUGAGACUCAAAUAUAUCAAAUGAAAAGUCUUUAAUGAGGGAACUACUUAAAGAGUUCCUUCAUGAAAGGACCAAGCAAAGAACAUUGAGCCACCUAGAGCUUGCAACAGUGGGACUCCGUUACCAUUUCUAAGGCUGAAGAUGCAAGGGGAGGAAAUAGUGUUACCAGAGCACAGAUAGUGCAGAGCUGGGGAGGAUGGGCCAUCUUGCAAGAGCUACAGCUGUGCAAUGAAGCUGCCACUGUCAAAACCACAGAGCCCUCUUAACAUUGCUUUUGCUGUAUCCCAGAGAUUUUGAUAUGUUGUGUCUUUGUUUUCACUUAUUCCAAAUAAUUUUUUAAUUUCUGCCUUAAUUUCAUUGUUUACCCAAAAGUCAUUCAGGAGCAAGUUGCUUAAUUUCCUUGUAAUUGUGUGGUUUUGAGAGAUCUUCUUGGCAUUUCUAUUUCCCACUGUGGUCCAAGAGUAUGGUUGGUACAAUUUCGAUCUUUUUUAAUUUUUUGAGACUUGCAUUAUGGCUGAGCACAUGGUCAAUCUUUGAGUAUGUCCCAUGUGAAGGAAAUAUAUAUCCUGUGGUUGAUGGGUGGAGUAUUUUCUAGAUAUCUAUUAUGUCCAAUUGGUCAAGUGUUCAAUUUAAGUCUAGAAUUUCUUUGUUAGUAAAAGCAGUGUUAAGAGGAAAGUUUAUAAUUCUAAACACCUACAUCAAGAAGUUAGAUCUCUAAUAAUCUAACAUCACAUCUAGAGGAACUAGAAAAAUGAGAACAAACUAACCUCAAAGCUAUCUGAAUAAAAGAAAUAACUAAAAUCAGAGCAGAACUGAAUGAAAUUCACACAAAGGAGCAACAAAACCAAAUGUUGGUUAUUUGAAAAGAUAAACAAAAUGGAUAGACUGCUAGCUAGAUUAACAAAGAAAAAAGGAGAGCAGAUAUAAAUAAGCACAAUCAGAAAUUACAAAGGUGACAUUACAACCAAUCCCACAGAGAUAUAAAAGAUUCUCAGAGACUAAAAUGAACACCUCUACACACAUAAACAAGAAAAUCUAGAAGAAAUGGAUAAAUUCCUGGAAACACACAACCUCCCAAGAUUGAAUCAAGAAGAAAUUGAAACCCUGAACAGACCAAUAUUGAGUUCUGACAUUUAAUCAGUAAUAAAAAAUCUACCAAACAAAAGUAGCUCUGGACCAGAGAGAUUCAUGGCCAAAUUCUAACAGACUUACAAAGAAGAGCUUCUACCAAUUAUACUGAAACUAUUCAAAAAAAUUGAGAAGGAGCAACUCCUCCUUAAUUCAUUCUACAAAGCCAGUAUCAGCCUGAUACCAAAAUACAGCAAAGACACAAUGAGAAAAGAAAACUGCAGGCCAAUAUCCCUGAUGAACAUAGACCCAAAAGUCCUCAACAAAAUACUAGCAAAUUGAAUCUAGCAGCACAUUAAAAAGUUAAUCCACCACAAUCAAGGUAUCCCUGGGGAACAAGCUGAGUUCAACAUAUGCAAAUCAAUAAAUGUGAUUCAUCACACAAACAGAUCUAAAAACAAAACCAUACAAUCAUCUCAAUAGACACAGAAAAAGCUUUUGAUAAAAUCCAGUAUCCCUUCAUCGUAAAAACCCUCAACAAACUGGGCAUCAAAGGAACAUACCUCAAAAUAAUAAGAGCCAUCUGUGACAAACCCACAACCAGCAUCAUACUGAAUGGACAAAAGCUGGAAGUGUUUCCCUUGAGAACUGGAACAACACAAGGACUCCCACUCUCACUAUUCCUAUUCAACAUAAUACAGAAGUCCUAGCCAGAGCAGUCAGGCAAGAGAAAGAAAUAAAAGACAUCCAAAUAGAAAAAUAAAAAGUUAAACUAUCUCUUUGCUGAUGAUAUGAUUCUUUACCUAGAAAACCCUAAAGACUCCACCAGAAGGUUCCUAGACAGAUUAAUGUCCUCAGUAAAGUUUCAGGAUCAAAAUCAAUGUAUGAAAAUUAGUAGCAUUUCUAUACACCAAUAAUAUUCAAGCUGGGAGCCAAAUCAAGAACACAAUCCCUUUUCCAAUAGCCACACACACAUACACACACACAAAUACAUAGGAAUACAUCUAACCAAGGGUGUGAAGGAUCUUCACAAGAAGAACUGCAAAACACUGCUGAAAUAAAUUAGAGAUGACACAAACAAAAGGAAAAACAUUCCAUGUUCAUGGAUUGGAAGAAUCAAUAUCAUUAAAAUGGCCAUACUGCCCAAAGCAAUCUACAGAUUCAACAGUAUUUCUGCAAAACUACCAGUGUAACUUUUCACAGAAUUAGAAAAAACUAUUCUGAAAGUCAUAUAGAACGGAAAAAUAGUUAAGGCAAUCCUAAAGAAAAAGAACAAAGCCAGAAGUAUCACAUUACCUGAUUCCAAACUAUAUUAUAAGGCCACAGUAACCAAAACAGCAUGAUACUUCUGCAAAAACAGAUCACAUAGACCAAUGGAACAGGAUAGAAAACCCAGCAAUAAAGCCACGCACUUAGAACCACCUGAUCUUCAACAAAGUCAACAAAAAUAAGCAAUGAAGAAAGGAUUCCCUAUUCAAUAAAUGGUGCUGGGAUGGACUGGUUAGUCAUAUGUAGAAGAGUGAAAUUGGAUCCCUACCUUUCACCAUACACAAAAAUUAACUCAAGAUGGAUUAAGGAUUUAAAUGUAAAGCUUCAAACUAUAAAAAUCUUAGAAGAAGACCUAGGGAAAGAGUUUAUGACCAAGUCGUCAAAAGUAACUGCAACAAAAACAAAAA